AGCGCGGCAGGCAGCUUCAAGAAAUAGACUCCGUAAACAUAUGAGUAAAUUAAGUGUAAACUACAACUUUUUACCUCUUUUAAGCGUAUGACCCUUAUAGUCAUUCGUAGGUCGCAUAUCCCUUUUAUAUAAAAAAAUACGACAAAGGCAAACAACGAAAAGUAUCGCGAGAACCCGCGAGAACAUGGACGCAAGACAACAAAAAUAAAUUUGCGGACAACAAGCCAGCGAAUGAUGGCGGCGUCGCUGUUACGCCGGGACAAGAAAGCCACUGCCGCCCACCUGAAGGCAGACUUAAAGCGGACUGACAACACCGCUGCGGUCCGACAAAUUCACGAGCUACUGGAUGACGUGCUAAAUCCAGAAAAACCAGCCACGGACACCGAAGCGCUUGACUGGUGUAAAUGUCUAAUUGCAGGGGGCGAAGCAUUCGAGGAGUUCUGCAAAACGGUCCGCUCUUAUGACAACGCCACCCUGUGCGGCUUAGUGUGGACGGCAAAUUUCGUGGCGUAUCGAUGCCGGACCUGUGGAAUCUCCCCUUGCAUGUCACUGUGCGCCGAGUGUUUCAACAACGGAGACCAUACGAGUCAUGACUUCAACAUGUUCCGGAGCCAGGCUGGCGGGGCCUGUGAUUGUGGAGACAGUAAUGUCAUGCGAGAGAGUGGGUUUUGCAGACGGCAUCGGUUGAGAACAGGAGAGAACAUCCCAUCAAUUCCCAGAGAUCUUCUGUUGAUGUCAGAGUUGGUUCUCCCUCGCUUUAUCCUGUCGGUCAUACAGUAUCUGAGGGAUGGCUAUACAGAACCAGACAGCUCAACUGAGAGAGACCUACAAAAGGUUCUUCAGCAGCUGGAGCCUCAAAUCUCCUUCCUGGAAGAGCUCACCAAAAUGGGCGCAGCAAUGCGGACUGUCCUGACCAAGAUCUUGACCAAUCAGCAAACAUUCAAGGAGUUGAGCAUGGGCCAAGAGGACAAUUUGUUUGCUAAGAAGAACUAUGACAAGUACUUGGCAGCAUUGAAGAAUUCGGGUUUGGUGUCUGUAGAGGACAAGCACCAAAGUAGCGGCGAUGUCGGUGCCGAGGGGGGAGCUGACACACUACUGGGAUCGGCAGCACCAGGGAGCCCAGAUGAGUCGAGCAAAGAGGAAGACCAAGACGCGGGACAGUCUGUUGGUCAGCGAAAGAGGGUUAAGCUGAGUAGCAGUACAAAAGACCUCUCUAUUAUCGAAUGUUUGAAGCAUAAAUGUUUUUUGGAGGAGCUCCUGUUUUGGACAAUCAAAUACGAGUUUCCUCAGAAGAAAGUCACCUUCUUGCUGAACAUGUUGCCUGAUCAAGAUUACAAGAUCACUUUCACCAAAACGUUUGUCCAGCAUUAUGCAUUCAUCAUGAAAACCUUGAUGAAAAGUCACGAGUCGGACACAAUGUCCAACCGUAUUGUACAUAUCAGCGUGCAGUUGUUCAGCAACGAGGAACUGGCUCGUCAUGUGACCGAGGAGUGUCAACUGCUUGACAUCAUGGUCACUGUCCUCCUUUACAUGAUGGAGAGUUGCCUUAUUAAAAGUGAACUUCAGGAUGAAGAAAACAGUCGCCACGUUGUGGUGAAUUGCAGCGAGGCUCUAUUGAAGAACAACACAUACUGGCCAUUAGUUAGCGAUUUUAUCAAUAUCUUGUCACACCAAAGUGUCGCCAAAAAGUUCCUCGAAGACCACUCGUUGUUGAUGCUGUGGAUGAGCUUUGUGUCGUUUUUCCAAGGAAUGAACCUGAAUAAGCGGGAGUUGAAUGAACAUGUGGAAUUUGAGUCUCAGACAUACUAUGCAGCAUUCGCAGCUGAGCUGGAGGCCUGUGCCCAACCAAUGUGGGGGCUUUUAACUCACUGCAAAGUCAAAGAGACUCAGGAGUAUACUAAAACCGUAGUGCGCUACUGCUUGGAGACGCUUCAGAUCUGGUUUGAUGCCAUCAGCUUUAACGAUGAGCCUUUGCCAAAUCAAGUGACAUUUCACUUGCCACUCCACCGCUACUACGCCAUGUUCCUCAGUAAGGCUGUGAAGUGCCAAGGUCUGGAUCUGGACAGCCUCCUGCCCGACCAAGAGAUGCUGAUGAAGAUCAUGGUGCAUCCAUUGCAAAUCCAGGCCUGCCUGUCGGAGAUCCACAGCAACAUGUGGGUCCGAAAUGGCUUGCAGAUAAAAGGGCAAGCGAUGACCUACGUGCAGUCGCACUUCUGCAACUCCAUGAUUGACCCUGACAUCUAUUUGCUCCAGGUUUGCGCGUCAAGGCUUGAUCCCGACUAUUUUAUCUCGAGUGUUUUUGAGAGGUUCAAAGUGGUUGAUCUUUUAACCAUGGCCUCUCAACACCAGAACGCCGUGUUAGACUCUGAACAGGAAAGACCAAUGCUCGAAGGCGCUCUGACCUUCUUGGUCAUCCUGACAAGCCUUCGUAUUCAUUUAGCGGAAGUGUGGGAGAAUGAGUUUGACCCCAUCAUGGUUGUCCUCAGAACCGUGUACCGACGUGUUCAGGAAGGCGUGGUGAUCCAAUUGUGCCUUGGCACGGUACGUUUUGGGGAAAACACUGUACACUUUUAUUGGCCCUCAUCCGACCACAUGGUGGCAGCCCUCCUCCACGUGCUCAAGUGGAAGCAGGUUAUGAGGGAAAUACAAUCAUGUCACUUUAGGAGCAGCUGUUCCAAAGCACAUUUCGUUCCCUUUUCUCAAACAGCGGAAGUGUGGGAGAAUGAGUUUGACCCCAUCAUGGUUGUCCUCAGAACCGUGUACCGACGUGACGUGCAAUCCGCAAUGGAUCGAUAUUCAGCGUUUUUAAAGCAGUCUGGAAUUCACACUGGUAACCCCUGGCCUCCAUACAAGGAGAGGACGCCCCUGCACCCGUGCUAUAAAGGCCUAAUCCAACUAUUGCACUGCAAGACCCUGCACAUUGUGAUAUUCACGCUCCUUUACAAGAUAUGGAUGGAUCAUCAGAAUAUGUCUGAACAUGUGCUGUGCAUGGUGCUUUACCUCAUCGAGCUGGGCUUGGACAACCAGGUUCAAGACAGCAAAGAAGACGAGGAGCCUUGCAUCGAGGAGCACUGUCACGACAGUUGGUUCCCCGGCACCAACCUCAUCUCUAACCUGCACCAUGUCAUCAACUUUGUGAGAGUUCGAGUUCCUGAGACGGCACCCGAAGUGAAGCGCGAGGCUCCGCCCAGCACCAGCUCAGAAGCUUCCUCCUAUGGCCAGAACCUACGUGAAGCUCAGGUGUUCAGCCUUGUAGCGGAGCGCCGAAGGAAGUUCCAAGAGAUAAUCAACCGCAGCAGUUCGGAGGCCAGCAUGGUCGUCAGGCCCAAGAGUUCGUCGACGCGCUGGGUGCCGCCGGGUACGCCCCCGCAGCUGGUGACGGAGAUCCUGGAGAUCAGAGAGAGCAUGCUGUCCCUCCUGGUCAAGCUGCACCAGAAGCUGUCAUCCAAGCAGAACUCGCUGUCGGAAUCCUGGUUGGAUAGUAUGGACAUGAGCCGUCACGCUCACGGAGAUGGCAUUACAGCCAUCGAGCGAAUCCUGACCAAGGCGGCCACGCGCAGCUGCCAAAUCAAGCGUAGCAUCCGAGACAUUUGUGGAAAGGUGCAUCCUCCCGUGCCGCCAAAAAAGAACAGUCCGACAGACAAGAAAGCCAUGGAUAAAGAAGAAAGGCGCCAGAGGGCUCGAGAGAGGCAACAGAAGCUGCUUGCUGAAUUUGCCUCCAGACAGAAGAGUUUCAUGGAAACAGCUAUGGAUGUUGAAUCACCAGAAACGGAAGCAGCCAUGGACCUGGGAACGUCUGAGAUGAUGGAGUCAGAAGUUCUUUAUGACUGUGUGAUCUGCGGGCAGAGUGGACCCUCCACAGAGGACAGACCCGCUGGCUUAGUUGUUCUCCUGCAGGCCUCGUCAGUGCUUGGACAUCGCUGCAAGAGCGGAGAGGCAAAGAAUCUCCCGACCAGCGACGAAGAGCACAUUUACUCUGCUGACACGUGUGCUGUGGCUCAUGACGUGCGACUCACCCUCUUACAGCGGUUCUUCAAGGAUAGCUCCUGCCUGCAGUCGGUGUCAAUAGGUUGGGACGGGGGCGUCUACGUGCAGACCUGCGGGCACACUUUGCAUAUAGAUUGCCACAAGUCAUAUAUGGAGUCUCUGAGGAACGACCAGGUCCUGCAGGGAUUCUCUGUUGACAAGGGUGAAUUUACUUGCCCGCUAUGUAGACAGUUUGCUAACAGCGUCCUUCCCUGUCGACCCGGGCGAGGCUCAGAGACCGGUGCAUGGCACUCUCCCGCAAACAAGAAGACCAGUGUGCUUAUAAAGGAAGUGGAAGCUCUUCAGGACAACCUCGGCCUUUUCCCAACGGAGUCCAACCUGAGUAAAGAAAUGGAGUCGGUCAUCAAAGACAUUAAAAACACCACUCAGAAAAAGUACAUGGAUUAUGGCAAGAACCCUGGCUCCCCUGACAACGAUUUCCUCUUCAUGUACUCCUUGGCGAGGACCAACCUGGAAUUAGAACUUGUGCACCGGGGAGGCAACUUGUGUUGUGGUGGUGCCAGUGCCGCCGCCAAGCGCUCGUGUCUCAAUCAGCUGUUUCAUGUGUUGGCCAUGCACAUGCGUCUGUACAGCAUUGAUUCAGCCUACAACCCCUGGACAAAGCUGACUCAACUUACACAAAGCAGAGAAACUUGUCGUGGUUUCAACCGCAGUGUCGUAUAUGUGCUGUUUGUCGCCAUUGCUCAUGUCCUUGGAUUAUGUCCACCUCUUCGCCCUGUAGAGCACUUUACCUGUGUGGUGAAGAUGCUGUACAACCUGCAGUUCAUCCAGGCCCUGGCGGCACUCUCCACCAAGCUGAGGCCAGAAGAAAGGCAGGCCUGGAGCUCAUCUGGGGCAAUCAAAAAGGCCCGCGCAAAUGCAGAAACGUCUUUUGAAGCGCUGCUCGGUCACGUUAUCAGUGAGUUGUCCAAGUGCAACAAUCUCUAUGCAGUCGUCGUGGAAGAUAUCAUGCUGAGCUCCAGCGUGUGGUCCCCGCAGUCUGUCGAAUUCAGCCUCCAGCAGUACUGCCUGCCCUUCCUUCGACUCGCCUGCCUUCUGCAGCAUCAUCUCUACGGCGACGACCUCACUGGCUGCUUGGAGCAGGAAGAGUUCUCGUCCCUGGCCGCGUGCUUGGGGCUGGCACCGGCACCCUCUGUGGCUUCGAAUCCUGCGAACAGUGCCUCGUGUCUGGAGUGGGCGGUCAGCGCCUUCGACUUGGUCACGCACUGGUGUGCUGAGGUCAAAGGGCUCUCUCAAGUGCAGACAGAGCAAUCGCUGACCUUGCUCGUCCAGGAUCCUCAGUGGGCACCGCCCCGCCUCCUCCAGCUGCCUGACAACUACAAUAUCAUCUUCCAGUACUACCACAGGAAGGCCUGCGCUGUUUGUAAAAAGGUGCCAAAGGACCCCGCGCUCUGCCUUGUUUGUGGCGCCUUUGUCUGUCUCAAAGGGGUCUGCUGCAAGCAGCAGGGUAUCUGUGAAUGUGUUUUGCACUCCCAACACUGUGGCGCUGCUACUGGAAUCUUUCUACUGAUUAACGCCUCAGUCAUCAUCAUCAUCCGCGGACAUCGCUUCUGUCUCUGGGGUUCUGUUUACCUUGAUGCCCACGGGGAGGAGGAUCGCGAUUUACGCCGUGGAAAACCUCUCUUCUUGUGUGAAGAGCGCUAUCGAGUGUUGGAGCAACAGUGGGUUUCACACACCUUUGACCACAUCAAUAAGCGUUGGGGGCCUCAUUAUAACGGACUCUAAAAAAGAAAAAAAAAAUCCACUUUAAAACUGCAGCCCGUCACAGAGAAGACGACUAUUUGCAAUUUGUCUUUGUUUUUUUUGCCAGAGUGUCUGCCUCGUUUGACAAAAACUUCCACUCAAAGUAUUGGUGCCAUGACCUCGGUUGGUGUGACGUUUGGUGUACAAUCGGGAGCCCGAAGGAUUAACGUGUGUGCAUUUCAUUAUGUUAUCAUGUACUUAUCAACCGGGGGUGGGGAAAACAACAUUUGGACACAUUAAAUGAAAACACGAGAAGAGCACAACUUUUCCCAGAGAUGUACGUGGUAUGGAGUAGGCUGUAGAAGGCUUUGAUAUUUAUUUGGAUAUAUAUAUAUACAUAGAUACGUACGGAAUGUCCAGCGCUGAUUAUCCCUGCAAUAAUGCACCAUUUAUGAUGAUGUUCAAGCAUAUCCCUUUUAAUCAUGGUUCUGGUUUUGAGUUUCAAGCUCCUGAUGAGUGCAGACGCAUUAUUAUUACAUGACAUCAACACACUAUGGCGUUUUCUUUUUUGUGUUUUGUUUUGUUUUUUGCAAAAGAGCAAAAAGGCUCUUUUUAUGGGUCUAGUUGAAAUCCAUCCUCAGGAAUUUUGUUGUUUUUUUUUUUUUUGCUGUUGAAAUUAAGUUUUAGAUAUUUAAAUAAAUGCUGCUGCUCAUUGAUCAAGUCAUUUUAACUUUGUGAAGGUUGUGCAUCGAGCUUUCGCUUAGAACGCUUGGAGCGUCGGCUCAGACUCGCUUUGUCAAAGGACGCGCGCGGUCACGUUAUAACACUCACUCAAAGUUCAUCACGUCCUGCCUGAGCUCUGCUUUUUUUUUUUUUUUUAAACCUGUGGAAAAUAAGCUCACGUGCGCCAACAACAUAAUCUAAUCGCUUUAUUUAUUUAUUUUCUUUGCCUCUCGAUAUUGUAAUUGCUCUUUAAUAUGAUGUUGUUUUUUUGUGGUCCUCUUCCCAAGUAUUUUCAAACAAACGCAAGAAAUAAAAUCACAUUACAACAAAUGACCAGAUUUAUGAUACAUACAUAUUUUGGUCUUAAAGGUUAACUUACGCUAAAAUAAAGGCAUUAUUCAGCCCUACACAGAGGUCAACCCGUGAAAGACGAUUAAGGUCUGCACCCCCCCCCCCGUGCAAGAAAUCAUAGGCCACUAGUUAACAUGUUAGAACAAUCAAGAGUCCUUUCCUGGCUCUCUGUUCAUUCCAUUCCAACUCAAUGGAAAUGAAGUUGCUUUUCAAGAAAUGUUCAAACCCAAUCUGAAAAGCUUUCUUGAGGCCGACGAUUGUCAAGGUGGUGACGACAGUUCCGUGACUGUGAUGACUAUCCUGGACUCAUUUGUCAUUUGGCUGUGAUUUGUAGUUGCAUUCCAACGUUACAUUUGGACUUUUUUUUUUUCUUCAAAUAACCGCUUUACACUGUGCAUGACAUUUUUUGAGCCGCUAUUCUUUUAAGUGUCUUUGCUAAUUCACUCUUUUCAAUUGACUUAUUUUCUGGAAAGCAGAGUUAAGUUCAUCCAGUUGUGCCUGUGCGAUGUUUUGAUCAGAGUGAAGAUAAAGUAAGCCGGUAUCACUGGGCUGCUGUUUUCAACGUUUUUUUUUUUUUUUUUUGAGGGGUCUAAGUUGACACUUGAAGUAAAAAAAAAACUUUCAGAAUUCAUGCAUGCUGCUUUUAUGUUUACUAAGUUUCUCUUUGUCAUCACGUUUGCAGUACCCACUUUGUAAAUGACCGCAAGCAAAUAGUCAAUGAGUGUAAAUUGUGAUUGAAAGCUCUUGUGUGUGUUCUCCUGUGUGAUUGAAGAGAGAAUACAGUACAUUACUGUAGGUGCAAAAUCAAGCUUUCUGAUUUUGGCCAGAAAGUAUGACUUGGACAUUUAAUGCAACAUGUAAUAUAUGUGAAUAAAAUAUAAGCACACUG